GCUCGGGCCCGGGGCCUGUGCGGGAAGCGGGUGUUUUGGGUAUCCAUCCAUCCAUCCAUCCAUCCAUCCAUCCAUCCAUCCAUCCAUCCAUCCAUCCAUGGACCUUCUUGUCACCCCUUACACCCCACAAUAACUGCCGUCUUCCCUCUCCUGUGUUUUACCCGCUGUUUUGCACUACUUGCACUACCUCACCAUCCUGCCUCCCGCCUCACAUCUCAAAGGGAGUGGUUUGUAGGAGCAGAAAUUAAGGCACCUGUACUAUGUUUACAGGUCAAAAGUUACAAACAGAAGUUAUUAUUUGGAAUAUAAAAGGAGUACUAGGAAGAGCCCAGGAGCCCAAAGGAAUAUAGCCCUCAUCACUGAAGGAACAACAGAGGAAAUGUGUAUAAUGCUUACAGCUGAGAGAAACAUGCUUUGUAUUAGCAGCAAUUAAAACGGAUGGGCAGCAUCAUUGGAACCAUGGGGUGCAGCAGUUCUGUAUCUGACAGGAGGUCAGAGAAUGUCAUUAGAGCUGCAAUCCUCAUCCAGAAGUGGUACCGCUUUACCAUGGCCCGGCUGGAGAUGAGGCGCCGCUAUUCUCUCAGUAUCUUUCAGUCAAUUGAAUAUGCUGAUGAACAGGACCAGCUACAGCUAUCCAACUUUUUUACAUUCAUGCUGGAUCAUUGUACUCAUCCUGAUUCAGUUUCUCAAAUUUUCACCAGCCCUAGUGCUCCUCAGGUGGUGGAUGAAGACUUAUGUUUAAAAGAAUUUGAAAAGAAGAUUGAUGUUCCAGACUCCUAUUAUGGACCACGACUCUCAUUCCCCCUUACUGUUGAAGAUGCCAAUGCUCUCCUUCAUGCUUUCAGGAAUGAACAGCUGCUUCAUGCCCGCUAUGUACUGCAGCUGCUAAGUGAAACUAGGAGGGUUCUCAAGGAGAUGCCAAAUAUCACCCAUCUUUCAACUUCCUACUCCAAGGAAAUAACUGUCUGUGGAGAUUUGCAUGGAAACCUGGAUGAUCUUUUGCUGAUAUUCUAUAAGAAUGGUCUGCCUUCACAACAAAACUGCUAUGUCUUUAAUGGUGAUUUUGUCGACAGAGGGAAAAAUUCUAUGGAAAUACUUAUAAUCCUAUUUGCAUUUCUUCUUAUCUAUCCCAAUGAUUUACACUUGAAUAGAGGAAACCAUGAAGACUACAUCAUGAACCUGAGAUAUGGAUUCACAAAAGAAGUUUCAAAGAAGUACAAGGACCAUUGGAAACAGAUUUUGUGUCUUCUGCGAGAUGUUUUUAGCUGGCUUCCCCUUGCCACUAUAAUUGAUAGCAAAGUUCUUAUCCUGCAUGGGGGGAUUUCAGACACCACAGAUUUGGAUUUCCUGAAUGCGCUUGAGAGAAAUAAGUUGAAAUCUUUGAUGCGGCCACCAAAGUCAGUGAGAAACAGACAGGACCAAAUGAAGAAGAGAAUUCCCACGACCAAACCCAGUAAACACGUUGCCAACCAGCAUGUUGCAGGGAAGACACAACACAUCUCUUCAUCGGGCUCCACUGAGCCUUCAGGUUCAAAUUUGCCUCCAGACUCCGCCCUGAAGGAAUGGAAACAAAUCCUUGACAUUCUGUGGAGUGAUCCAAGAAGCCAAAAUGGCUGUACACCAAACAAGUGUCGAGGAGGAGGUUGUUACUUUGGUCCCGAUGUUACUGCCAAGCUGUUUGAGAGAUAUAAUCUGAAGAUGCUCAUCAGGUCUCAUGAAUUUAAGCCAGAAGGUUAUGAGAUCAGUCAUGAUGGGAAGGUUAUCACCAUAUUCUCUGCCUCUAACUAUUAUGAAGAGGGCAGUAACCGGGGCGCUUACAUCAAGCUGAACCCCGAGCUGACCCCUCGGUUUGUGCAGUACCAGGUCAGCAAGUUCACGCGCAGGCAGAAUCUCCGGGAGAGGGUAGGUACAAUUGAAUCAUCUGCCUUAAAGUCCUUACGAGAGAAGAUUUAUGCACACAGGUCUGAACUCAUCAGUGCUUUUGCACAGUACGACAUCAAUGGCACAGGCAGGAUUUCUGUCAAUGACUGGGCUGCAGCAAUGGAGUCUGUCCUGCAGCUGGAACUGCCCUGGAGGAUGCUGCGGUCUCAGUUAGCACAGAUGAACCCAGAUGGAGAAGUUGACUUCAUGUCAUGUUUUUAUGAUUUGAAAAUGGGUCAAUCUAUAAAAGAGGCUCAGCCAGCUUUGGCAGAAACACUGUGCAGAUACAGAAAGGAUCUGGAGAUCAUCUUUAACAUAAUUGACAAAGAUCACUCAGGUUUGAUUUCUCUUGAGGAAUUCAGCCAGACAUGGAGACUGUUCACUUCUCAUCUGGGCAUUGAUAUACAGGAUGACUCCAUUGACAAGUUAGUUCUCAGCAUAGACUACAACAAAGAUGGCCACAUUGACUUCAACGAAUUUUUAGAAGCCUUUCACGUUGUUCACAGACUUGAGAAAAAGGCAACCUAAUGAAAAGGCAGAACUUGUUGUGGGUUGUCUUGGAAGCUCAGCUUGCUGUCGUUAGUCAUAAAAGGGCUGCUUGAUAGGGUCACAGUGCAAGCCUUUAUUUAGCCCUUCCUAGAUGAUCUGUACCUGCUAAUAAUGGGAUAGAGGAGAUGAAAACCCACACUUAGAGUAUUACUGUGUCACUGCCACACACUGGCAGGACCUUACAAUUCAUCCCCUCCUCUUGGUGGCAUCUCCCCCAUCAGUCUAAUCCCUGACCAUUGCCAAGGUCAUGCCUACAGCUGUGUAGGAAGAGAGACUUUGGUACAUGUCUGUCAGCAGUCCUUAGUGACAGCUGAGUGCAUUGAUAACC